AACCGAUGCGACCGAUCGGAGACUGUCUUAGAGAACGAAACCAUCUCUUGCUUUACUGUCGGCGGAGAGAAAAGGCUUUGUUUGCCUCAAAUCCUGACCACAGUUUUGCGUGAAUUCAGUCUUCAGCAGAUCAACAAUGUGUGCGACGAGUUGCAGAUCUUCUGUUCGCGUUGUACUCACGACCAGUUGGAAGUGCUGAAGGAGACGGCAGUGAUCCCCGCGUCGGCGCCCAGUUGUGGGCUCAUAACCAAAACGGACGCCGAGAGACUGUGUGCGGCCCUCCUGUACGCUAACCCCCCGAAAGCGUUCAUCAGUGCUAACGCUGUUAUGAAACAAUUAUUUACAUUCAAAGUAUAUCACGAAUGCUUCGGGAAAUGCAUUGGUCUGUAUGUGCCGACCCUCUACUCCAACCCAUUCGCCACA